ACAAAUGUUUCUCUUAACUCGCCCACAAACUCAACUGUGGCCACAGUGCAAACAAGUGACAAUGAAAACAAGUGAGAGACCUGGGGAUGUUCAGCCUGGAGAUGAAGAGGGUGGGGAGAGACACAAUCACGCUCUGCAACUCCCUGACAGGAGGCUGUAGUGAGGUUAGGGGUGAGAGUCGGCGUCUUCUCCCCAGUCACGAAUGACAGGACAAGAGGAAGUGGCCUCGGGUUGCUCCAGGGGAGGCUUAGCUGGGAAAUGAGGAAGAACUUUGCCCCCAAGAGGCUUGUUGGACUGGCGUGGGCUGCCCAGGCAGGUGUGGGAGUUCCCAUCCCUGGAGGGAUGCCAAACCAGUAGAGCUGAGGUGCUGAGGGAAAUGGUUCAGUGGCAGGCUUGUCAGUGUGAGGUGAAGGCUUGGACCCGAUGACCUUGAGGGGCUUUUCCAACCAAAAUGAUUCAAUGACUCUGUGAGAGCAGCUGCCGCUGGGACAUGGGACACGAAGAUGCUGGGAAGGCCAAGACGCUGCACGAGAGGCGGUUCAGCCUUCCCAUCCUCUGGCCUCCCCUUGCCUGUGGUGCCGCGAGACGGGCCCCGUGGCACUGCAGAGCCGUGUGCCGGGUCCGAGCACCAUGGAGGACCCAGUCCCUUUGUGACAUCACCUCGGACCACACCCCACCUGCUGCUGAUAUCCUGCGCCCAAGGCAGUGGCCUUGCCAGAGGCUCAGGAGCCAGCACCGGGACCGGACAUGGAGCCGGGACCCAGCAGGCACCUGCCUCGCAACGAGACAUUGAUCUUCAACCAGCUUGAUCAGCUGGAACGCCAAAUACUGGCGCUCUGGGCUGAGAAGCAAGAGCUGGAGUGGGAAUUGGAGCGGCAGGACCAACAGCAGCUCCAGCGCAGCUACCAGGGUGCGGCAGAUGGCGUGGGGCCCAGCUCAGCACCCCCCUAUGUGUCUGUGCCCCACGGAGCCCCGGGACCCUUUCCCUUCCCCAACUCUGGUGAGAGCAUGCACAGACCUGCAGUGCCCUUGCCAGAGGCACAGGAGCCAGCACCAGGAGCACCCAUGGAGCCAGGUCCCAGCGGGUACUUGCCUGGCAUCAGGCCCGGACUCUUCACGGUCCUUCAUCAGCUGAGAGCUAUGACAAAUCUGCUGUGGAACAGGAACCAGGAGCUGAGGCGGGAAUUGGAGCGGCGGAACCAACAGCCGUUCCAGCACGGCUACCGCGGCGCAGGGCCCAGCUCAGCACCCGCCUACGUGUCUGUGCCACACAGAACCCCAGGACCCUUCCCUUUCCCCAGCUCUGCUGAGAGCGUGAACAGACCUGCAGUACCCUUGCAGGAGGCACAGGAGCCAGUGCCAGGAGCACCCAUGGAGCCGGGUCCCAGCAGGCGCUGGCCUUGCGUCAGGCCCUGUUUCUACACUUACCUUGAACAACUCAGAGCCAUGACCAGGCUGCUGUGGAAUAGGAACCGAGAGUUGAGGCGGGAAUUGGAGCGGCGGAACCAACAGCCGUUCCAGCACGGCUACCGUGGCGCAAGGCCCAGCUCAGCACCCCCCUAUGUGUCUGUGCCACACAGAGCCCCAGGACCCUUCUCUUUCCCCAGCUCUGCUGAGAACGCAGGCAGCUCUGUAGCGGCCUCGGGCCUGUGGGUGCGGCAGCUGCCAACAUCCACACCUUGUCCUGUUGCCAGCCCAUUGGACUGGGGGCUGACACUGACAGACCAGAGCUGGAACUCCAGAACCCUCUCUAGGGAGCCGAGCUUCAGCCGGCGAGAGAGCUGGCAGCCGAGAUGGCAGCGGCUGCUGGGCGAGAUCGCCUUCCAGCUUGACCGCCGAAUCGUCCACAGCGUCUUCCCCAACGCGGAUCGCUACCGCGGCUUCAGUGCCGCCACCAUCCCCGAGGGAAUCGUGGAGAUGGUCGAGGAGACGGAGCGGGGAGCUAGCCGUGAUCUGAGCGUGGCCGCAAUCUGGAACUAUGAGUUUGUGAUGAGGCGACUGUGGGCACUGGGCUACGUCCCCGAGGUGCACUUGCCCGCAAUCGAGGCCUUCAUCAACACCUACGGCCGCCUGGAGCGGUCGUACUGGUUCCCGGCCGAGCCAAACGUGGCCUUCCUGCGCCACGUGGUCAGCCAGGAGGUGCCGCCGGAUCUGCGGCCCAACGCCAUGGUGCUGCUCGAGUGCCUGCUGCAGCUGGCACAGGCGUACGGGCAGCCCCUCUUCUACUGAGCGGCUGUGCCAAGCCGUGAGCCCUGUCCCGGCUGCGCCUGCAGCAGCCGCCGCCUGGUGCCACGCAAUAAAGCUGUGGGUCAAUCUCA